UGGUAACCCGUUACACCCUUCAAUCUUAAAAAAUUAUACAUUUUGGCAAAUUGCGCUAUGCUCCAGACCAACCUCAACAACUCCGAAGAAGAAGGGGGAAGAAGAGAAGGCUCAGUUUUACGUUUUACUCGGUUCAGAUUUUUUCUGGGUCUGGUCCGUACCCGAUAAAUGGAGUUCCCGUUAUUGUCGCGGGCUCCGAAUCCCCCAGUUAAUUGGUUUUGUAAUUAUGAGUUGCCGGCCAGAAUAAUACUUAAGAAAAAGAAGAAGGGAGUAUUCGUAGAUAGUGGGGUGGUGAGGGCGGAGAGGAGUGGUGGUGGUGGUGGAAAAGUAGUGGAGAGAGAUGAAAGAAAUGGUCGGGUUUACAGAGCGGCUUCGGGUAUGGAGGUUACGACAUUUAACGACAGCUUUAAUGAUGCUGAGUUUUCAGUCUGGGAAAAGAUUGGAGCUGUUGUUAGACUAAGUUAUGGAGUUGGAAUAUACGGCGCCAUGGCUUUGGCAGGAAGGUUUAUAUGCUCGAUGUCUGGAAUUGAUUCCUCGGGAGGUUUUGAUAUGUCAUUAGAUGCCAUUGUGGAGGGAUUGGGAUAUGCAGUUCCUCCGAUUAUGGCCCUUCUAUUUAUACUAGAUGAUGAAGUUGUAAAAUUUUCUCCUCAUGCUCGUGCAAUCAGAGAUGUAGAGGACGAGGAGUUAUGGAGCUUCUUCUAUGGAAUGUCACCAUGGCAGUUUAUACUCAUCGUAGCUGCAAGCUCUGUUGGAGAGGAGCUUUUCUACCGUGCUGCUGUUCAGGGAGCCUUGGCUGAUUUAUUUUUGAGGAGCGGUGAUUUGGUUGGAGAUGCUCGAGGAAUGACAUCUCUGGCUGGUGUGCUUCCUCCGUUUGUACCAUUUGCGCAGGCAUUUGCUGCUGUCAUUACUGCUGCUCUUACAGGUUCACUUUACUAUAUGGCUGCCUCUCCGAAAGACCCCACCUACAUAGUUGCGCCAAUACUAAAGUCGCAUUCUGGUCGUGAAGAACUGAAAAAGCUAUUCGCAGCCUGGCACGAGAGGCGGCAAAUGAAGAAGAUAUACUCUCCCCUACUUGAAGCAUUUUUGGCUCUUUAUCUUGGAUUUGAAUGGAUCCAGACGAAUAAUAUUCUUGCACCUAUAAUAACACACGGUAUAUACUCGGGUGUCAUCUUGGGCCACGGCCUUUGGAAAAUUCAUGAUCACAGACGAAGACUGCGCCAGAGAAUUCAACAACUUAAACUAGAAGGUAAAAAUUCGAGGAGCUUAUGAGACUGCUGUAUAACAUGGAGUUACAUUGUUAGUUUCAGUGUACGCAGCAAAGGCUGGUUGUUUGUAACUGAAUAUAUUGUAGAAUCAGGAAGACAGUAAAUAUACAUAGUUGCAGAGGCAAUUGUUGUACAUAGUAGAAACAAUUGGAACUCUCUUUUGUGUACUUACAUUCAGAUACAUCAAUAUUCGUGCUUGUGUAAACUUAUUGGAUGCAGUCUUGUACAAGUCCA